UGGCGUGCUCUCUUCUGGCUAACAGCCGUGGUUGAAGGCCUGCAGGUCACAGUGCCUGACAAGAAGAAAGUGGCUAUGCUCUUCCAGCCCACUGUACUUCGCUGCCACUUCUCCACGUCCUCGCAUCAGCCUGCAGUUGUGCAGUGGAAGUUCAAGUCCUACUGCCAGGAUCGCAUGGGGGAGUCCCUGGGCAUGUCCUCUACCCGGAUCCAGUCUCUCAGCAAGAGAAACUUGGAGUGGGACCCGUACUUGGAUUGUUUAGACAGCAGGAGGACCGUUCGGGUGGUGGCUUCGAAACAGGGCUCCACCGUUACCCUGGGAGAUUUCUACAGGGGCAGAGAGAUCACGAUCGUUCAUGAUGCAGAUCUUCAAAUUGGAAAACUCAUGUGGGGAGACAGUGGACUCUAUUUCUGCAUCAUCACCACCCCUGAUGACCUGGAAGGCAAAAACGAGGACUCGGUGGAACUGCUGGUGUUGGGCAGGACAGGGCUGCUUGCUGAUCUCUUGCCCAGUUUUGCUGUGGAGAUUAUGCCAGAGUGGGUGUUUGUUGGCCUGGUGCUCCUGGGAGUCUUCCUCUUCUUCGUCCUCGUGGGGAUCUGCUGGUGCCAGUGUUGCCCUCACAGCUGCUGCUGCUACGUCCGUUGUCCGUGCUGCCCAGACUCCUGUUGCUGCCCUCAGGCCUUGUAUGAAGCAGGGAAGGCAGCCAAGGCCGGGUACCCUCCCUCUGUCUCCGGUGUCCCUGGCCCUUACUCCAUCCCCUCUGUCCCUUUGGGAGGAGCCCCCUCAUCGGGCAUGCUGAUGGACAAGCCGCAUCCACCUCCCUUGGCACCAAGUGACUCUACUGGAGGAAGCCACAGUGUUCGCAAAGGCUACCGGAUCCAAGCUGACAAGGAGAGAGACUCCAUGAAGGUCCUGUACUAUGUGGAGAAGGAGCUGGCUCAGUUUGAUCCAGCCAGAAGGAUGAGGGGUCGAUAUAACAACACCAUCUCAGAACUCAGCUCCCUGCAUGAGGAGGACAGCAAUUUCUGUCAACCGUACCAUCAGAUGCGAAGCAAGCCGUUCCCUGUGUCUGGGGACUUGGAGAGCAAUCCUGACUACUGGUCAGGUGUCAUGGGAGGCAGCAGCGGGCCGAGCCGGGGGCCCUCAGCGGUGGAAUAUAACAAAGAGGACCGGGAAAGCUUCCAGCACAGCCAGCAGCGCUGCAAGUCGGAGAUGCUGUCCAGGAAGAGCUUCUCCGGGGGCGUGCCGGCCGUGUCCAUG